CCUGGACUCCGGGAGGCAAACCCAAAGCAAAGUCAUCGAGCAGCCCAGCUUCUGGCGCAUCGUCGUCGUCCUCGGCUAAUCCGCCCCCGCCUCCGAUACUCCCAAGGCGGCCGCAGUAGCAGCAGCAGCCGACAACAGCAAGCCAAGCGAAGCGGGGGCAAGGCAAAGCCAUCUCAAUUCUCAAAAGCCUCUCGCCAGCCUCUCCCCCUCCUCCUGCCCCCAUCCCCGCCACCUCGCAAUGGCCGGCCUCCUCCACCUCAACUCCACGCUGCUCCCCUCGGCGUCCCUGCUGCUCCGCAACCGCAGCGGCGGCCAGGCGGUGCGGCGGCGGCGCGCGUGCCGGGUGGAGGCCAAGAUCCGGGAGAUCUUCAUGCCGGCGCUCAGCUCCACCAUGACGGAGGGCAAGAUCGUCGCCUGGAACGCCGCCGAGGGGGACCGCCUCGCCAAGGGAGACCCCGUCGUCGUCGUCGAGUCCGACAAGGCCGACAUGGACGUCGAGACUUUCUACGACGGCUUCCUCGCCGCCGUCCUCGUCCCCGCCGGCGAGUCCGCGCCCGUCGGCUCCGCCAUCGCGCUCCUCGCCGAGUCCGAGGACGAGAUCCCGCUCGCCCAGUCCCAGGCCGCCAGCUUCUCCUCCUCCUCCUCCUCCUCCUCCUCCUCCUCGCCGCCGGCUCCCCAGGAAACCGCCGCCCAGGAAGCGUCCCCUCCCCCUCCUCCUCCGGCGCCCGUAGCGGUCUCUGCUCCAGCACCGCCCUCGCCGGCGGCACAAGGCGGGGCGCGCGUCGUUGCGUCGCCGUACGCCAAGAAGCUCGCGAAGGAGCUCAGCGUUGAUCUCUUUUCAAUUACUGGUUCUGGCCCAGCUGGGAGGGUUGUAGCCAAGGACGUCGAGGCUGCCGCAGCUGCGCCGGCCAAGAAGGCGGUACCAGUGGCAGCUGCCCGGCCGGAUGUGCCGUUGGGGUCCACGGUGCCAUUCACCACAAUGCAGGGCGCUGUGAGCAAGAACAUGCUAGAGAGCCUUGCCGUGCCUACGUUCAGGGUCGGGUACACCAUCACAACCGGUGCUCUCGAUGACCUCUACAAGAAAAUCAAGGGGAAGGGGGUGACAAUGACAGCGCUGCUGGCGAAGGCCACGGCAAUGGCGCUGGUUCAGCAUCCCGUGGUGAACUCCAGCUGCAGGGAUGGGCAGAGCUUUACUUACAACAGUAGCAUCAACAUUGCCGUGGCGGUGGCCAUCGAUGGUGGAUUGAUCACCCCAGUACUUCAGGAUGCUGAUAAGCUUGAUAUCUAUACAUUGUCAAGGAAAUGGAAGGAACUGGUUGAUAAGGCUCGCGCAAAGCAGCUGCAGCCCCAGGAGUACAACUCCGGUACCUUUACUUUAUCUAACCUUGGUAUGUUUGGAGUUGAUAGAUUCGAUGCGAUCUUACCACCUGGAACUGGAGCGAUCAUGGCCGUUGGAGCAUCGCAACCAACAGUUGUUGGUACAAAAGAUGGUAGAAUUGGAAUCAAGAACCAAAUGCAGGUCAAUGUUACUGCUGAUCAUCGGGUUAUUUAUGGAUCUGAUCUUGCUGCUUUUCUGCAAACUCUCUCGAAGAUAAUUGAGGAUCCCAAGGACCUUACAUUUUAGGUGCAUCAAAUGAUUCUUUUUCCCCAAGGCAAUCACAUAGGAUGCUUCUAGUAGAUGCGUAGCAUGUUUUCUGGUCGUGUGAAUUAGUUGUUUAAGCAGCCAGCUUUGUUGGCAUCAGGUAACCUUGUUACCUCCUCCUCAUUGGUUUGUUUUUCAAUAAAAGUUUUUACCUUCUGUUCAGAUAGGUGUCAAGCAUGAAUAUUUAUCUGAGUGCUCAUUAAUUGUGGAUUAUGUUGAGGCCAAUGUACCAUGGAUCAUGUCACUGUCACCAUUGAAUACAAAGAAAUGAAAUGUACUUUGUCACUGUGCGGCUAAAUAAAGCUAUUA